CUCACUUAUAUUCUUGGCUAAAGUUUUUUGUCUUGCAGCGAUGACCUUUUACGAGGGGACCCGGAAGAACUGGAUCUUGGCUCAGACGACGAGGAAGUCGAACUGCUCCCACAAAAAGGCCGUAAAUCUAAACAGGCUGAACGUCCAACCAAAAUUAUUCCAACAGCUUCAGAUGAAGACUCCGAUGAUGAGUCCGACAACGAGGACGGGCCAAUUACUGGCAAGAACAUUGAAUCCCGCUCUCGUGCACUCGAUGAAAAGGCUCUUCGUGAGGCGGAGCUUGAUAUCGAGGAGAUGCAGGAUGCUGCCUUGGAGGGCAGCGACGAGGAGAUUGACAUGGAAGGGGAGGAAGAAACUGCAGAGGCAUUUCACUUACCUACAGCUGAAGAGAGAGCAGAGGAGAAAAACCAUGUUGCUGAUAUCCAUGUCGUUCAGCGGAGGAUGCGAGAAUGUGUCCGUGUCUUGGGCAAUUUCAGAAAACUGGGCGCGAAUGGCCGGUUACGGUCAGAAUAUGUCGAGCAGCUCGUCUCCGACAUCGCUAGUUACUACGGGUAUAAUGAUUUUCUUGCCGAGAAGUUAUUCCAGCUAUUUCCAGUUUCUGAGGCUAUCGAGUUCUUCGAAGCAAAUGAGGUAUCAAGACCGGUGACUAUCCGAACAAAUACACUCAAAACACGUAGACGAGACCUUGCACAAGCCCUCAUUAAUCGUGGUGUCAACCUCGAGCCGAUAGGCAAAUGGACUAAUGUUGGUCUCCAAGUUUUCGAAAGCAGCGUACCCAUAGGUGCGACACCUGAGUAUCUCUCUGGUCACUAUAUGCUUCAGGCAGCUUCUUCAUUCCUUCCCGUCAUCGCAUUAAAACCUCAACCGAACGAGCGUGUACUUGACAUGGCAUCUGCCCCUGGAGGCAAGACGACGCAUAUCGCUGCACUCCUACAAAAUACCGGCAUUGUUUUCGCCAAUGAUGCCAACAAAGCACGGACAAAGAGUCUGACGGCGAAUGUGCAUCGUCUAGGGUGCAAAAAUGUCAUCGCCUGUUCAUACGAUGGUCGGGAGUUUCCAAAGGUAAUGGGUGGGUUUGACAGAGUCCUUCUGGAUGCGCCAUGUAGCGGGACUGGUGUUAUCAGCAAGGACUCGAGUGUGAAGGUCAACAAGUCUGAGCGUGAUUUCCACCUCCUCUCGCACCUUCAGAAGCAGCUUAUCCUCUGCGCCAUUGACAGUGUCUCUCCUGAUUCUAAAACGGGAGGAUUUCUGGUCUACUCCACGUGUUCCGUCACUGUUGAUGAAAACGAGGCUGUUGUCGAUUAUGCGUUGCGAAAACGCCCGAACGUGAAACUGGUGGAUACUGGUCUCGGCUUUGGUAGAGAUGGCUUUACAAAGUAUCGCGGAAAGACCUUCCACCCGAGCGUGAAGUUGACAAAGAGGUUUUACCCCCAUGUGCACAACAUGGAUGGGUUCUAUGUCGCAAAAUUCAAGGUGGAAAAACGGGCCAAGAUAAAAGCUGGUACGCAGGAAACCGGGUCGACCAAUGCAGUGGAUGCAGAUGAACAGCAAGACGUUGGAUUUGAUUCUGACGAAGACAAGGCGUUCAUUGAAGAGGGCAAACGUAUUCAGAUGAAGGCCAAGGGUCUGCGCGUACCUCGCAGACGACAGUCAGAUAUAGCAGGCAAGGUGGUGAAAGCAGCCGCAUGAUAUACGUCAGCGGUGCUUGUUGCAUAUAUCUCAACGAGUAUCACACAUGAUCUUCAUCCCAAAAUACACACAUCAUUAGUCUGCCGUUGCGGCAGAACACAUAAUGUAUCCAUUUUGUGCAUGAUAAGACAUUUCGAAGAAGUUUUUCGGUGGCAGAUGACUGAAAUACCUUGCAAGGAAACCCAAGCGAAUUUCUGACUACAGCCGGCAGGAUAUAGCUGGUGAAUCGGCGGAGCCGGUCCACAAGCAGCUGCGAGAGGGCGCGGGAGGUUGCUAGGUGGUCCCAGGUA